UGUAAGGGACCGCCCGGCGGUACCUCUAGCAGUCCACUGGUCAGGCGCUUUCAGAGCAUGGAGUCUAAGUCCCAGAGCACUUGUUCACCAGGGCCCCUGAUGGUGCGGAUGGACUUGGAGCGCUCAGAGACCAGGUCGCGACUACUGGGCACACCCACCACUGGUAGAGGUAUCCGCCGAGGGCUCCCGCAGAGUAAGAGCCUGAUGUGAGGAGGUUGGGUGGUCCCAAUGGGAUGGAUGGAUGGAUAGCUGAGCAGGUGCAGGUUCAAACAAGCCGGGUUGGGAGCCGUGGGGUCUGCGAGGUACAAAACAGCGGGCAGAGAAUAGUCGGGUCACACGCCAGGUCAGCAACAGCAGGUCAAAUCCAAUAAGGGGCAU